AUGUCUGAAUUCUGGAAAUCAGCACCGCGCUACUGGUGCAAACAGUGCAAGAUCUUCAUCCGUGACACGCCCUUCGAAAAGACCCAACACGAAGCCAGCCCAAAACAUCAAGGCAGCCUCAAGCGCUUCCUUAGACAAAUCCACAACGACAAUGAACAAAAACAACGAGACUCACAGCGCGCGAAAUCCGAAGUCGAGCGGUUGCGACAGGCCGUCAGUGGCGAGCCCUCCACUGAGAAAGACAGUGCGAAAGGAAAAGCGCCGCCAGCCCCCAAAUUCACAGAACGCCCUGCUUCCCUAGAGGACCGAAAGAAACAGAUGGCACAGCUUGUGGCAAUGGGGGUCGCCGUCCCUCAGGAAUUCCGCGCCGAGAUGGCCGUAGCAGGGGAUUGGGAGACGACAUCAGAGACAAGGAUCGAGGCCAAGCAGGGAUUAGAGGGCCCCACAAAGUCAGUCGGAAUACGCAAGCGCAAACUUGAAGGUGAAGAGGAGGGGGAUGAACAUGCGCCUGAGGCUAUUGUCAACAAAGGCUGGGGUUCGAGGAUGAGGCAAUACCCCGGUGCACAAGAGGAAGUGGGCUUGGAUGACCUGUUUGCAUCCACGAAAGAUAUCAAGAGGACGAAAACCUUCGUCCCGAAAGUCGAACUUGAUGACGAGGAGGCAGCCGCCCAGAAACCUAUCCCUACCGCAAAUACAGAGGAUGUUCCUCCCAAGCCAGAAAUCCAAGAGACGAAUGAGUCGGUUGUGGUCAAGACCGAAGAGCCCACGCAAUCUGCAGUAGAGCCAGUCAUUGAAGAGAAACCGCAUAUUGAGGAUGCUGCGCCCGGUGUCAUCUUCAAGAAGCGCAAGCCGAAGGCAAUGAGGAAAUAG